AUGUGUAUUCUGGAUUUGGAUGUGGGAAAUGCAUUUAAUAAAACUGAAGCAAAACAAGAACUGCGCACCAUUGCAUCAUCUCCCUCAGACAAAUACGUGUUUCAAGUGGAGAACUUCGAUGCACUUGAAAUAAUAAGACAAAAUUUGCAAGAAAAAAUUUUCUCCAUUGAAGGAUCUCAAACCAGUGGAGAGACACUAAAAAUGGAAAUGUCUCAAGAGGGAUUCAGUGCAGUUUAUGUGCCUGAGGGAAUUCAGAUGUCUAUUGUUGGUGCAAACCAGUGGAAGGGAGGCUACGUGCAAUACACAACUGGAGGCCAGAAGGUGAAAACAUAUGAGGAUGUGUCUUUGGAGCCUGACAGUUAUCUUGGUUACUCCAUGGCAAUUGCUAAAACUCAAAGCGGCUCACUGACAAUUGUUGGUGCUCCAAGAUAUAAACACAGAGGAGUUGUGGUCGCUGUUAAUAGAGAAAACUUUGAAAACCAAAAAAUUGAGCCAUUGGCAUCACAGUAUCAGACUGGUGAAUAUUUCGGGGCAGAGGUGUGUACCAUGGACAUAAGUAAUGAUGACAUCACUGAUCUAAUCUUCAUAUCAGCCCCAAUGUACACGGAGCCUGAUAGAGAGGGAAGAGUUUAUGUUUGCAGAUUAACUGGUUUGUUUGUGGAGUGUAAUUUUGAUGAUCCAUUAGUACUAAGAGGACAUGCAGCUGUCAAAGGAAGGUUCGGCUCUUCUCUUGCUGUGCUGCCUGAUAUAAACUCAGAUGGAUUCAUGGAUUUGGCAGUUGGAGCACCUUUGGAGAAUAAUGAUGAAGGCAGCAUCUACAUAUUUAAUGGUGAAGGAGGAGGAAGAAUCAGUCCUACUUACUCACAGAGAAUUACUGGCUCUGAGGUCCAGUCAGGACUGAUGUUUUUUGGUCUAUCAAUCAGUCAGUCGUCUUUUGACCAGAGCGGUGAUAAACUUCCUGAUUUAGCGGUGGGUUCAAAGGGCACAGUUGUCUUACUGAGAUCAAGACCUGUAGUAAUGGUUAAAGCUGAGGUGUCUUUCAGCCCAAACAAAAUCCGUAUUCAGAAUACAACCUGCUCAAAACCAUUGGAGAACACAGCUACAGUCUGCUUUACCAUGAGCAGAGUGUCUACAGUCAAAACAGCUGAAGCAAGGAUUAAUUAUACUUUAACGCUGGAUGCCACUCGCAAACCUCUGAACAACCGAGCGUACAUCAGUGGGAAACAACAAGCGAAAUCUGGAUCAGUUGCUGUGAACUUAACUAGCAAACUGUGUUCAACUGUAAAAUUCUUUAUUGAGGCUUGUCCAGAAGAUGCUGUCAAUGAACUUUCCAAUGAGCUCAAAUUCACAUUUGAUGGUUUUCCUUCAAAAAACCUUAGACCAAGUCUCGCCCCACAGGCUCAAGCAACAACUAUUCAUCCUUUAGGGUUUGAGAUCAACUGCGGCACUGACAACAAAUGUGUUGAUAACUUAAAAGUGGAUUUCAACUUCACCAGAUCAUCAGUGGUUAAAGUGGGCAUUGAUGAGCUUUUGGAUGUCACAGUCACAGUGGAGAAUAGAGGAGAAAACUCCUACAACAGUCGUGUUAUUCUCACGUAUCCAGCUGGACUCUCCUACAGGAAGUUCACCAUUCAGCAGGUAAGACACCAGGAUCAAGGAAGAAUUGAGUGCAACUCUUUGGACAGUGAAGAUGGUUUAUCUCGAGGAAGGACAGACUGCACUAUUGACAAGCCAAUUUUCAAGAGCAAAACUAAGGCUUGCUUCAUUGUCUCCUAUGGGAUUGACACCAACAGUCAACUUGAGAGGAAGAUCUUUGUCACUGUGAAUGCCAGCAGUGGAAAUCAGGAGCAUGCCACAACAAGUGAACUCUACAAAAAGAAAUGGGUUUAUGUGAAAUACAGCAUUUUUAUGACAUUUGAAAACUCCCUCAGCUACAACAAUUUUACAUUUGGGAUGAACGAUUUGCAGAAACCAGUCCAUCAAUCAGUCAAGGUUACAAACGAUAUCAGAGCACUGAAUUUCACUGUGGUGAUCAGGGUUCCAGUGAAGCUUGGUGAAAAAGACAUUUGGGUGGAUUUGAGCAGUCUAAGGAUUGCAGAAUGUCAGAGAGGAACUGAUGAAGAAUCACCUGUAAAAGUUUUUGUUCCUGAGAUACAAAAAAAUAAAGUUGUGGACUGCUCUGUAGCCAAGUGCAGACUGUUCAAGUGCAGCACAUCCAUGGGAAUACGGGAGAGUAGGACAUACGAAAUCUCUGCCAACCUCAGCUCAGGAUGGAUAGAGCAGAUUGGACUUCAAUCUGCCAAAUUCCUCUUAACCAGCACAGCCACUCUGGAGUACAACAAAAACCAGUACAUCUACUUUGCAUCAGGGUCUAACAGUAAUCCUCCUGUUCGCAAGAUUGAAGCAGAGGUAGAAGUGUAUCCUCAGCCAAAUUUCACCAAAGAGAUCAUUGGAGGAUCCCUGGGAGGGCUGGCUUUUCUAGCUUUACUCACUGCUGGCCUUUAUAAGUUGGGAUUUUUCAAGAGCAAAUACAAACGGAUGAUAAAUGAAAAUGAAGAAGACAGUCCAGGUCCAGGGACUGAUGCAGCUGCAAAAUCCGCUGAAUAGCAAGGAUCACGUUUGUAGUCUUGAUGCUCUAAAUCUUUCAUUACAUUUUAUUAAUAAAAAUGAUGCCCGGAAAUGUCCAAAUGCUUGUGGUGUCUAAACUACAUCACUCCUUGACUAAUUGACCAAAAUAAAAAUGUUUCUACCUAGUUGUCAGGACCAUCAAAACAGGAUCCCAAAAAUAAA